GUUGUCUAUCAGCGUGUCGUUUUUCUUCUGUUCUUCUGCAAUGGCUCGUACCAAGCAGACCGCUCGCAAGUCCACCGGCGGCAAGGCGCCGCGCAAGCAGCUGGCCACCAAGGCGGCCCGCAAGAGCGCGCCCGCCACCGGCGGCGUGAAGAAGCCGCACCGCUACCGGCCCGGCACGGUGGCCCUGCGCGAGAUCCGGCGCUACCAGAAGUCCACGGAGCUGCUGAUCCGCAAGCUGCCGUUCCAGCGGCUGGUGCGCGAGAUCGCGCAGGACUUCAAGACGGACCUGCGCUUCCAGAGCUCGGCCGUGAUGGCGCUGCAGGAGGCGUGCGAGGCCUACCUGGUGGGGCUCUUCGAGGACACCAACCUGUGCGCCAUCCACGCCAAGCGCGUCACCAUCAUGCCCAAGGACAUCCAGCUGGCUCGCCGCAUCCGCGGGGAGAGGGCGUUACAUUUACUUGGAGCUGGUGUACUUGGUGACGGCCUUGGUGCCUUCGGACACGGCGUGCUUGGCCAACUCCCCGGGCAGCAGCAGGCGCACAGCCGUCUGAAUCUCUCGGGACGUGAUGGUCGAGCGCUUGUUGUAAUGCGCCAGCCGCGAGGCCUCGCCGGCGAUGCGCUCGAAGAUGUCGUUGACGAAGGAAUUCAUGAUGCCCAUGGCCUUGGACGAGAUGCCAGUGUCCGGGUGGACCUGCUUCAGCACCUUGUACACUGUUUGAAAAGUCUUGUUAUGGCUCGUACCAAGCAGACCGCUCGCAAGUCCACCGGCGGCAAGGCGCCGCGCAAGCAGCUGGCCACCAAGGCGGCCCGCAAGAGCGCGCCCGCCACCGGCGGCGUGAAGAAGCCGCACCGCUACCGGCCCGGCACGGUGGCCCUGCGCGAGAUCCGGCGCUACCAGAAGUCCACGGAGCUGCUGAUCCGCAAGCUGCCGUUCCAGCGGCUGGUGCGCGAGAUCGCGCAGGACUUCAAGACCGACCUGCGCUUCCAGAGCUCGGCCGUGAUGGCGCUGCAGGAGGCUUGCGAGGCCUACCUGGUGGGUCUCUUCGAGGACACCAACCUGUGCGCCAUCCACGCCAAGCGCGUCACCAUCAUGCCCAAGGACAUCCAGCUGGCUCGCCGUAUCCGCGGGGAGAGAGCGUAAAUUCUCAUCAACGCGUGUCAAUUUAACCCAAAGGCUCUUUUCAGAGCCACCUAUAAUU